UAAAUCCCGAUCCACACCUACCGAGCAUCACCCGUACUCUCCACUCUUAAGUCUCAACUCAAGCACCCUCCCCUCCUGCUUCGUCUUCUUCCUCAUCCUCAUCCACCCCUAGUCCUCUCCACACUCUCCGCCAUUUCCCCAUUGGAAUUGGGAAUCACAAGCCACAUUUGUAUCCGCGAUCGAUCGGAGAUCCAGUUGCGGAGUUGGAGUACCUCUCACGAGAAACAGAUCCGUUUCUUCUCCUCGGUGAAAUCCUUCCUACCUUUCCUAGUCCGGCAGGGAUCAGCAUUACUGCUAAAUAUAUUAGCGCAAGGAUUGAUAUUGGGAAAUAAUACCAUAUUGCUGCAUUUACAUGGAUUUUUGCAAAUGAAAAAAGCUUCAAUGGCUAUAUGAAAACACCGUAAAAAAUGCACACCGGAAACAAAGCAGAGCAUGAACAAACUUUGGCAAUGGGAUCUGAAGCGCAAGUCAGGAGGAACUCCUUACAGUAUCACUUCUCAGGGGUACCCAAGGAGACGACAUUACCGCCUAGAAGAAGCAGGAAUACAAAAUAUCAAGACCAUAAUACGGCCCUAAAAUUUGGGAAGCUCAGCAGGCAAGCAGUUCCUGAUCAAUAUUCUUCAAUCAAAAGCCCAAUCCACACUAUACCCUUGAAAAGUCACCAAAAGCCGUGGCCUGUUACUAAGGCAAGUGGUGCUGAUGAGCUCGUAAAACACAUGUCUAAUGUGCCAUCUUAUCUCCAGCACCGAAAAAGAGGAGACAAUCUUCAGGGGAAGGCUUUGAAUGUUGGAGUCCUUGAUUGGGGCCUUCUUGAAAGAUGGACAUGCAACAAAAGACAUGUUCUUAGCAGAAGUGAUAGAGAUUCGCCCUCUAGUAGUAACGAGUCAUCAUCGUUUUAUACAUUUGGAUCAUCUAACCAGUCCUGCGGAAGCACGGGUAGCCCCCUUCCUUGUGGCAAUGGAUCUCCUUCCGCGAAUGGACGGUUCAAUCCGUCUGUCGGUAUUAGGAACAAGAAAGAGAAAAAUAAAGCUUCAGAAUCAACUAGUAGAAAGGAGGAACCACCCUCAACAUUGGUGCUCAAGGUGGCAGGGGCUCAAGAUGGCACACUCAAUAGAGAAGAAAAUAUCCAGCACCACUUUAGUAGUCUACACUUGGGCAGAGAAGGGCAACAGAAUGGCUCCUUUGCUUUACCCAUGAGUGGAAAAUCUGUUUGGGAUCAUCUCGAACAACGAGUUGAUGGAAGCCGAAUCAGCUUUGAGUCCUCACCAACUAAAUAUAGAGGGCAGAUGGAGAGAAACUGCAAUGGCUUCUCAAUUGAAGUUCUUUGGGAUCUCCAACAGAUCGAUCAACCUAGUCAUAUUUCCCAUUCUUGUCCUCUCCCGGAUACAAGUUUAAUAGAUGAACCAGUCAUCAGUAACGGUUUUCUAACAGAAAACAUUUUACGAGGCAGUGAGGCAGAAUUGAAAACUGAACGGAAGAACAUACUCGAAGAACAUACAUCUAACAGGCCAAGUCAAGGUGAUGUGAGCACAAGUCUUGCUACUGAAAGAAAAUUGUACAGUCAUCACUCAAGUGUUGGACCUGCUGGAAUGAGUCGCAGUUCCAGUUUAAGGUAUGAUUCUUCUGUUCAACAGUUGGAACCAACUGGUUGUGGCAAUAAAUCAAACAACAGGGGUAGGCAGAGCCCACUGAGGAGGAUAUUAGAUCCAUUUAUAAAGCCUAAGAACCACAUGGACUUUUCCAGUUCCAUUUCGUCCUCACCUCGUCGCCUCUCUCAUGAGGCACGUUAUACUGGUAAGUCUAGUAGUUCGGAACGAUUGAACUCAUCAAAUGGGCCUUGUAGGUUAAUGGAUACAUGCGUUAAUUCCACUAGCCCGAGAAAGAGGCAAGCUCUUCUUCAACUAGCUUGGAAGAAUGGGUUGCCUUUGUUUAUGCUCUCGUCCAGUGGCAGUAAUAUUCUUGCAGCCACAGUAAGAAAGAAAAGCAUCUGUGACAAGAAUGAUUUAGAAUGUGUUUAUACAAUAUUUACUGUACAAGAAUCGAAGCGAAAAGGUCGCAUAUGGACUAAGCCAGGAAACAAAGGCAAGAAGCAUCAAUUCCUCUCUAGCGUCGUUGGUGAGAUGAAUGUUUCAUGUUCAAGGUCAAUGUUCCAUGAUUCAAAAGGAGAUCAUGUUGUCAGACAGUUUGUUUUGUUUGGUAGUGAACUUGUACCGACAUCCAACGGACCUACAGAUUCCCAAUUUAACUGUGAGCUUGCAGCCAUUCUUGUGAAGCAAGACUUGAAAACUAAGCAGAAUAAUCAGAGUUCUGAAUUAUCUAAUCUCGUAGCUAUACUUCCAAGAAGCAUUCAUGGGUUUUCAACUUCUGGGAAGCCCUCACCUUUGAUAGAAAGAUGGAGAUCCGGUGGAGCAUGCGAUUGUGGGGGGUGGGAUGAGGGUUGUGCUCUUACUAUACUCGCUGACGAGCUCCAGGACUGCAAAACUUCUGGUUCAGUCCGAAUUUGCGAUGAUGCAGAUGGUACUCAGCGAAUUGAAUUGUUUGUUCAGGGUCGAUCUCAAGAAAGUGGACAUCCCUUUAGCAUGAUUUCUUUCAAAGAAGGGUUGUAUACAGUUGAAUUUCAGGAAUCGAUUGCUUUACUUCAGGCUUUUGUGAUUUCAAUUGCAAUUCUUCACAGCAGAAGCCUUACAAAACAUCAAGCAGAGGUUAACGGCUUGCAGGAGCCAGUCGUUGCUGAUCUUGGAAAUAAGGCUUCUGCACAAAGUAAAGGUGGAGUUCAAACAAGCUAUGUACCGAAUUAUCCACCACUUUCUCCUGUUGGAAGAGCUUAAUUACAGACCUAAGCAAUAGGGUAGGAUUUCUCCCACUGUGGCGAGUCAGAAUCUCGAAUCGUGGGAACGGAAUCUGGUGCGGAGCGAACAUGGCGCGCUUCAAACGUGGGCUGCUUCCGUGGGCGACCGGCUGACCCGCAGCAGGCUGACCGAAGUUGUCCCUUUCCCCACACCCACAGCAGAAAUUAUUGCAGGGCCGGACGCCACUGGUCCCAUCACAGACGGCAGUUUUCAUGCUCGAUCAUCAUCAGCAGCAGCAUAGAAAUUUCAAAUCACCACAGUUAGCCUCGUACUUCAAAAUUAAUUAAAAUCAUUAAUUAAGAGGUCGAAGAUUUCAUCCGAAAAUCGAACAAUAGAUUGAGGGCAACGAAGGGAGUCAGAAAGAAAGCUAAUUGAAAGCCAAUUCAUUCCACAUACAGGCCAAUCAAUAUGUGGCGUAUGCCGAGACCCUGACGCAAAACCUAACACAACUAGAUUAUAUUCUAAUUAGAAGUUCAGUUUUUGGAAAUUACAUAAUCUAUGUUCAAAUCGUUCGUGCUUCAACUCCUUAUAGUUGUGUUAUAAAGUAUCCUACAGCUAUAUUUAGGCCCGGACCGGAGCUAAACCUGGGUUAACUAACUGACUAUAGUUCAGACCGGAUCUGACUAGGGCCCACGUUUAAGCCACAUUAUUUUAGGCCCACCCCAGCCCAGCCCAGUCCAAUGCAUCGCCAAACGCGAUCGUCCUAGUCUAGAAUCUCUAGAUGAGCAUGCUUUUUUUUCCUUUUAAAUAAAUAGUAAUAAAAUUCAAAUUCAAAUAGAGUAGGCUUUGGAUUCGAAUCGGCUAAGCGGGUUGAACAAACUAUAAAGUAAUAAUAAUAAUAAUAAUAAUAAUAAUAUAAUAAUAAUAAUAAUAAGGUUAAAAGGGAAAUAAAUAAAAUAAAUAAUUAAAGCCUAAUUGUUUUACCAACCAAACGAGGUGGAUUUUCUAGAGGCGAGCGAAGGUCGCUAUCAAUUCCAGCACUAUCUGGCCUGCCCCUUCUCCCCCUCCUCCUUUCUCCGCUCGGCCUCCUUCGCGAUCACGAUCCGUGUCAACCCCGCGUUCUUACUAUUACCUUCAAUUGACGAGACCAAGGAAGCGGAAGCGGAAGC